GGGAGGAAUCGCCAACAGCUUAUAGCGGCAGCGGGCUGGAACAUCAUACACCUGCCCCACCAUCACCACAAGGCAAACAGGGGCGAGAAGCAGCAGUCGUCGCUGCCUCCGCCGUCUCUGCCUUCUCUGCCUCCUCCUCGCCUAUGUUGACAGAGCUGCUCGUGGUCGUGUGUGUUUACUCUCCACGGCUGGCCAAGACAAAAGAGAGACGAGAAAAGUCGCCGCUUUGAUUUUCCGUCUGCGCUGGAAGAAGCGCCCAUUCCCUCCCAGCACGUGUUGACUCUGUUGUUAGCGAGAACAAUAGCGAGAACAUUAGCGAGAACAAUAGCAAGCGCGCUUAUUGUUGCUAGUGUUAUUCUUUUCCCCUCCCUCCUUUAUAAAUGAGAAAGUAGAGUCGCUUUCAGAUAUGAUUUUGUAAAAAAAAAAUGAUGGUAAUAGUCUUAAACAAGUCGUAAGACUGUGUAGCAGUUGAGCAUUCGGUGAUAGUUUAAAUGUAAUCGUCACGACUGCGAGUUUUCGUGACGAAUCUCGAGUAAGUGCGUUUCUAUAGUGUAGUGGCAUUCUGCUAAUCGGGUCUGUGUGUAACCACCGGCAUAGCCAGCGUGCGUGAGCUUGUGUUUGUCUAUCAUAGCGUACGGAUCCUUGCGUAGCCACCUCGGCAGGUAGGGUUAGGCGUGUGCAUACAUACGUCUAGCCCAAUCUGUGUCCCUGUAUAGAUUCACACACACAAGGCUACGGCGUCGUGUCGCCGUGUAUUUAGUCUCCGCAAGCGAUGGAUGUGCUGGCCAGCCACAGCAUCUUUCACGAACUGCAGCUGGUGCACGACACGGGUUAUUUCUCUGCUCUGCCAUCUCUCGAAGAAAACUGGCAGCAGACGUGCCUGGAGAUGGAGCGAUACCUGCAGACGGAGCCGAGCGGCCAAACCGCCGAGGCUGGCGCGGACGGGCCGGACGAGGGCCUGUGGGAUGAGCUCGUCCUGCAGCAGCAGCAGCAGCUGCGGGCCGGCGACGCCGCGCCGCCUCCGGGCGUCGCGGCCGCGGUCAAGCAGGAGUCGGCGGUGGACGGAGCCACGGAGCUGGCGGCCUCUCUGGGCGCCGCCACCGAGUCCGUGCAGCUGGUGCCGAGGAGGCUGGCCGGCCACGAGGCCGUGACGGCGCUCACGCCGCCCUCCUCGCCCGAGCUCGCCAAGAAGCACGGCCAUCAACGCCAAAGCGACGGUGACGAUCGGCAGCAGAGGCUGGCGGCCUUGCCGCUGGCGCGCAGCGCGGACUCGUCGCCGGACGGCCGCCGGCGGGUUCACCACUGCCACUUCAACGGCUGCCGCAAGGUUUACACGAAGAGCUCGCACCUCAAGGCUCACCAGCGCACGCACACGGGAGAGAAGCCGUACAAGUGCUCGUGGGUCGGCUGCGAGUGGCGGUUCGCGCGCAGCGACGAGCUCACGCGACACUACCGCAAACACACGGGCGCCAAGCCCUUCAAGUGCAACCACUGCGACAGGUGCUUCUCAAGAUCGGACCACCUGGCACUGCAUAUGAAGAGGCACCUUUGACCUUUUGAAGGUGAAUCGAAAAUAUCACUGGGAAGCAACACCUUUUGCAUCACCUGCUUUGGAAAAGUAUCUUUCUUUUCUAGGGAUUAUAGCCAACAUCUUCUUGCCUUAUACAUUUUUGGAAGAAUUUAACGUGAUGAUGAUGAUGACGACGACGAGGACGACGAUAACGAUGGUGAUGAUGAAUACCUAGAAAAUACAAAAAAAAAAGAGAGAGUACAUUCUUUCGACCGAUCGGAGCUCGCUGAACGAUUGCAUUUCUAUUGAAGAUUUUGAAAGAACACGGAAAAAGAAACCCGAGGGUAAAAGGAGCAUCCUGUGCCGAAGAUAACACGAGACUGACGCGUUGUUUUUCUCGGAAGGUUGCUUUUAUUUGAAGGCGAAAGAUGCGGCGGGCCGUCUCGAGAUAAGCGCAGGGGUCGUCGCAGCGGAAUUUAAACUUCACGGCGUCGUGCACAAGUACAGUGUGACCGCACGAUGACGACUGCGGGACCCCCCCUCGCGCCGCGAUGGACUCGCGGAGUUCGGAGGGCACUUGAGGUGGACUUGAGGGGAAAAAAGGUCUUUGGGAUUUUUGUACGGGGGCCAAUCGCUGGUUUGCCGAGGUUAUUUUCGUUCUUUUCUGUUUCGACGAGAGCCCACGUGUCGACAAAUAAUAAUAGUAGUACGUGAGAACGAUGUACAAUGAUUCAUACGCGUGUUCUCGAAUAAUUUACCAUUGCGGUUAACCCCCCCCCGUGCGUUUCGUCACGUGAUUGGUGUUCGUGUCCUAGCAGUGUUCAUUGCGUUGUGCGCCACGUGCCGUUUUAUUUUUGACAGACGCCGAAACAGAAAGAUUAACUUUUUGUUUACUUGACACUUGUCGUUGCUGCAGCGGGGACCCGUCAUGUUCUGCUCGUUCCCGAUCAGCUCAUUUCGUGGGGGGUCACGAUAAUGGACAAAAGAGAAAUGGACGUGCACUUUUAGUUUUAUAAAUCUUUUUUUACCCCCCGCCUUCCCCCCAAUCCCGUGACCCCUUUACAUUAUUAUUUUUUUACUUGAAGAUUUUCGUUUGUAUUAAUGCACUAGCUCAAUGUCUUUGGUGUGGUGCCUUAUGUCAAGAUAUUCUUUUUCAUCAUGCUUUUGUAUCCUCCUCUUACCACCACCCCCCCCCCGUUUUGAAAGCCACGAAACAAUGGAGAAAUAUUUUUGGUUUGUUUAUUUUCGGACGGAAUUCGAAUUGUCCCUGAACGGAUUUGCAUGUUGUUAGGACUUCGCUUGCAACGGGCAUCAGAUACAUCGUUGCCUGUCGUUGUUUCUGCACCCUUAACUGAGAGCACUUUUUUGCCAAAAGUUUCAGCCAUCAAAGUGAACGAUCUUUUUUUCUGAAACUUGAGAAAACAAAGAAGCACGUUUGUUUGCAAUUCAUUUCUCAAGUGUGGUGCUUGCCACGUCUUGCUUGUUAUCCGUUUUGUUUCGUUUCAGGCAGCUAUGCAGGCGUUUAGAAAAAAAAGAAAAGAUGUCUCCUUCUUCCUGAGUUAAUAAAAAAUACGACUCGUGUAGGUUAAGAAAAAAGAAUCCCUUGACAUAUAACUGUCGGGGCCAAUGCUUAAAUAUGGCAACGUAGCGAGAAGCGUAGUUGUUUCCCGUCUCGUCGACUCUGCGUGCUUGCCUGUAAAUGUCCUGACGGUAUCUGUGUACGUGAAGUAGAAGAGCAGGGGUGCUCAACCCGGUGAGCGGGGGGACGGGGGGCCGCGGGAAUAAGUUAUGAAGUAAUUAUUAUUUAUUAAUAAUUAUUAAGCUUUCCCACGAGAGGUUAAGUGGGGGGACCACGGCAAAGACAAAGAUCCCCCGUGUAGCCUAAACAGACUUUUGAGGCAAGUGUUGUUAGCGAGUAGCACCUACUGAAGGUGCUUCUCGCUAGGGGGUGGGUGGCCAACACCACGCCCGGCCGCCCCUUUGUCUCCCCAGUGACGAUGUUUACACACCGCACCGGGUACUCGUUUUAGGGCUGAGUCGGCCUAGGGGAGGGCCAGGACCGGUUCAGAUAAUCGUCACCGGUGUAGGCCGUGAGCGGAAAUCGAUCCCGGGUCUCCAGGUUCGUAGCGCAGCGUAGCGCUAACCGCUACACCACCGCUCCCCACACACUCACGCACUGUUGUUUGCCUUUGGCAAAGUGCUGCACGCUGAUAUUCCUCCAUAAUAGAGGCUUU